ACACAGCAACGUGUGUCACGUGAUAAUCGAUAUCACGGAUGAUCAAUCGUCGCUCAUCAUUUCGAAAGGACGGAAGAUGCUUGAUUGGCACGACUGACGGCACGUGUCACGUGCGCCGUUCCCACGCACACGUGCACACACACGAACAUUCACAGUCACGUUGCAACAUGCCACACAACAUCUGUUUGAAUAAAUCAUUACGUCUUUUGUGCAUUAUCUUAUUGGCAUUGCACAAUGCGCGCGGAAAUGCCGGCGAGGUUAAAAAGAACGUGCUGUUAUUGCUCGCUGAUGAUGGAGGAUUCGAAAUGCGAUCCUACUUAAACAAGAUCUGUCAGACUCCCAAUUUGGAUAAACUAGCGAAGGAGAGUCUACUGUUCAAUAACGCGUACACAUCAGUCAGUAGCUGUUCACCAAGCCGCUCAGCGAUAUUGACUGGAUUGCCAAGCCAUCAAAAUGGAAUGUAUGGCCUUCAUCAUGGAGUUCAUCACUUUAAUUCUUUUGAUGAUGUUCAAAGUUUGCCGAAAAUACUAAAGAGAAAUAAUAUACGUACAGUAUCAUACUCCUUUUACGCAGGAAUCAUCGGCAAGAAACACGUAGGCCCGAGUGAAGUUUAUCCGUUUGAUUUCGCGUAUACGGAGGAAAACAAUUCUAUACUCCAAGUGGGUCGCAAUAUUACUUACAUAAAGCUUUUGGUCCGCGAGUUCCUUUCGCAAAAUAAAACGCAACCCUUCUUCUUAUACGUCGCCUUCCACGAUCCACAUCGUUGUGGGCACAGCAAUCCGGAGUAUGGCAAUUUUUGCGAGAAAUUCGGUAACGGUGAUGUCGGAAUGGGUACGAUUCCCGAUUGGAACCCGAUAUAUUAUCAAUGGGAGCAAGUUAAAGUGCCCUACUAUGUUCCAAAUACUGAAGCUGCUAGGAGAGAUAUUGCCGCCCAAUAUACAACGAUAUCUCGUUUGGACAAAGGUGUUGGCCUUGUUCUUGAAGAACUGGAAAAAGCGGGAUUCAAAGACGACACUUUGGUAAUCUAUACCUCCGAUAAUGGCAUACCUUUCCCAAAUGGUCGCACGAAUUUGUACGAUUCAGGUCUCGCCGAGCCCAUGAUGAUUUCAUCACCGAUUCGCGAUCACAGGAAAAACAGCGUGACGUAUAGCAUGACAUCCUUACUGGAUAUAGUACCGACAAUACUAGACUGGUUUAAUGUAACUUACACGGAUCAAUCGUUGGAUACCAAUGAGGUAUCUUCUCCGCAACUCACUGGCAAGUCGCUUCUGCCAUUACUCGUUGAAGAACCGAUGGAAAAUAAUACGGCGGUGUUUGCUAGCCAGACACAUCAUGAAGUUACCAUGUACUAUCCCAUGCGUGCGAUCAGGACCAAACAUUACAAGCUCAUACACAACAUCAAUUAUAGAAUGCCGUUCCCAAUCGAUCAAGACUUUUACGUAUCGCCGACAUUCCAGGAUAUCCUAAACAGAACACGGAGCCAUCAAUUUUUACCGUGGUACAAAACAUUGAAGAAAUAUUACGAGAGACCGGAAUGGGAGUUGUAUGAUUUAAAGUACGAUCCGGAGGAGUUGAAUAAUAUAGCUCUAAAGCCAUCGGUAAAGAGCGUGUUUGUUGAGCUGCAAGAACGACUAUUUAAUUGGCUGAAAGUAACGAAGGAUCCAUGGCUGUGUGCACCUGAUGGUGUUCUUGAGAAUGCCGGACUUAACAAGGACAAUCCUCAAUGUAUGCCACUGAACAAUUUGAGCGAUUGAGAAAAUUUGUUCCUGAUGUGUUGCUAUCGACGUCUUUUGCAUUCUAAUUUUGUGCAUUUUAUAGCAGCAAUAAUAUUCAAUAUAAAUCAUAAGAGAUAAUACUCAAUUGUACUACAAUUUUUGAUAUUCAUGUUAUAAUUUAUAUCAUAAUUUAAUAUUUAACGCAAUGUAAAUUACAUAUAAUAAAUGUUAAUGUUCAUUUAAAUUUUAAUACAUAGGACAUUAAGUAACACAAUGUAAAGAUAACUUUAUAACAAAGAUAAUAUAAAUAUAUUCACCAAUUUGAA